GAAGAUCACCAUCACCGCCGAGAAAGGCCGCCUCAGCCAGGACGACAUCGAGCGCAUGGUCCGCGAGGCGGAGGAGUUCGCGGAGCAGGACAAGGCCGUCAAGUCCAAGAUUGACGCGCGCAACCAGCUGGAGACGUACUGCUACAACAUGAAGAGCACGGUGGAGGACAAGAUGAAGGACAAGAUUGACGAGGAGGACAAGGAGGCGAUCAGCACUGCGGUGAAGGAGGCGCUGGAGUGGCUGGACGAGAACCCGGAUGCGGAGCCCGAGGACUACAAGGACAAGCUGAAGGAGGUGGAGGACGUGUGCAACCCCAUCAUCACCAAGAUCUAUCAGGCCAGCGGCGGCCCCAGCGGAGGGUCGGGGGACUCGGCGGAGGGCCGGGGGACGAUGGGUUACGACGAACUGUAGAGGGAAGCUGUAGAGCUGCCGAGAUUGGAAAGGGCG